AUACUGCGGUCCAUGCUUGACCAUAGUUAGAUGAAACGAGAUGACUCCACGUGCAUGUAGCGAGAUGAGCUUGGGCCCGAAAUUCCGCCACGUGCGGCUGAAGAGUUUCCCACACCCCUCGCUACGCCCGGGACUUCUUUCUUUUGAACGGGAGUCGAGAGGGUUGGUUCAUAUAUCCACCAACAUCUAUCCUCAUACAGGAACAACCCUACUUGGAAGCACCGUCGAUAUCAUCAGUGGCACGCUGGGCCAGGCAUUUGGCGGUGCAGGGGGCUAUAUCGCCGGCUCGAGCAGCCUCGUCGAUUAUAUCUGCAGUGUGGCACCCGGCUUGAUUUUGACUACUGCUUUUCCUCCGAUUGAGUAUCAGCGAGCCAGUGCCGCAGAUCGCGUUCUUCUGCAGAUCCACACCCGUGUGCUGAAGGCCAAGCUCCGGGCAUAG